CGUUUCAUUCCCCUUUCUCGUCUCCUCUACCGCGACCGACCAGGACGAGGGGAACAGACCGCCGACGAGCCCCGAGCGCGCGCGCGAGGCAGAGAGGGAGGGGGCCUUUCGGUUCGUUCGAAGAGGAGCGGAGGCGGAGGGGAGCGGAAGCGGGGGGUCGGAGAUGAACGUGUUCCGGCUCGCGGGGGACAUGACCCACCUCCUCAGCGUGGUGGUGCUGCUCCUCAAGAUCCACACCAUCAAGUCCUGCGCAGGCAUAUCUCUGAAGACGCAGGAGCUGUAUGCACUUGUUUUUGCAGCUCGGUACCUGGACUUGUUUGUUCAUUUUGUAUCUCUGUAUAACACAGUCAUGAAGCUGGUCUUCUUGGCAAGCUCUUUCUCGAUAGUUUGGUACAUGAGGCGGCAUAAGAUUGUACGGAGAACAUAUGACAAGGAUCAUGACACCUUUCGCCAUUACUUUUUAGUGUUGCCUUGUCUUCUUCUGGCUCUACUCAUUAAUGAGAAGUUUACUUUUAGAGAGGUGAUGUGGGCAUUCUCCAUUUAUUUGGAAGCUGUUGCAAUAUUUCCACAACUUGUAUUGCUACAGCGGACAAGGAAUAUUGACAACUUGACUGGCCAAUACGUCUUCUUCUUGGGUGCAUACCGUGUGCUUUAUAUCUUUAACUGGAUCUACCGAUACUUCACUGAGCCCCAUUUUGUUCACUGGAUAAGCUGGGUUGCAGGAAUUGUGCAAACUCUGCUGUAUGCUGACUUCUUUUACUACUACACAAUGAGCUGGAAGAACAAUGUGAAGCUAGAGCUGCCAGCUUAAGCUUGUUAUUCCCUUCCAAGAUGGACUAGGGUAAUACAUGGUAAUACAAUGGAUAGGCAGACCUGAUACACAGCAUGAGCAUCGGUAUCCACCCAUGGGGUAAUGACAUGCAUUUUGGUUCUCCAGCCCUUGUAUCUUUCUACUCUUAGUGGGAGGAGAGGCAGGUGGGCUCAGCUUGUAACUUGUACAAUAAGCUGUGUAAGAUCAGCACCAGGAAGCUGGGACUUAUGAGUGCUUUUGGGAGUUUCGUGCUGCUGUAACCCUUUUGGCAAGUGAUUCUGUCAUACAAUAUAAUCUCAUACUGUGGAAUGUGGUGAUUGUGUGGAA